AUGGAGCAAUUCCAUGAGCAAAAUAACAUGCAACUUUCAGCUGCUGCUAAUGGUAUAGACGUUGAUCCCACCUGCUCUGGUAGCGAUGAAACCGACUUACUUGAAGAAUAUUUCAACUCCCUUCCUUAUGGAUAUCGAUUUUGCCCUUCUGACGAGGAGUUGAUUGAGCAUUACUUAAAGAAGAAGGUGAACAACGAAACCUUACCUCGUAACCGCAUUAGCGAGGUUAAUCUCUACAGCAAAGAUCCUUCGGAGCUCGCCGCGGAAUUCAAACCAUUGACAGAAACAGAGUGGUAUUUUUUCACUCCAAGACAGAAAAAAUAUCCGAAUGGAUCAAGGCCAAAUCGUGCUACUCCUAAGGGAUAUUGGAAGCCAACUGGAACUGAUAAGGCCAUUCCCCCUGAUUCUAGGCACCCUAUUGGAUACAAAAAGACCCUUGAUUUCUACGAAGGGAAGCACCCAGGAGGGAGAAAAACUGAUUGGAAAAUGCACGAAUAUAAAGUCAAAGACAACACUUCUCAAAACAAUGGCAGGGCCAAGAAUGAUAUGAAGUUGGAUGACUGGGUUUUGUGCAAGCUAUACAAUAAGAAGGAAAAGAACGGUGAGGAUGCAGCGAAUAGUGCCCCUCAGGCGAAUGUGAUUGUAUCACAGAAUGAAGCAUCUGUAAUGCCUGAAACGAAUAAUGAGCUUGAGGACAUUGCAUCUCAGCCAAAUCCUAUUUACGGAUCAUUACAACAUGAAGACGAAUCAUCUUACGGAAUGUAUUUGAUGCUCAGUGACCCUACAGCUCCUAUUCUGGAUAACGAUAUUUCCUAUUAUAGGAUAGACGAUCGUUUCCCUGAUGUAUUCGACGGUCCAGGUCCAUCGUAG